AGCUGCGGAGUGUGGAUGUAACGGAGCGGAGUCCUCGGUGUGUCCCUCUGCAAACAUGUCCAGCCCGGCCGGGCCGAAGAACAAACCGGGUCGGAACGCUGCAGACAGUCACCGGCAAGAGUCGGUGCAAUUGCUGAUCUUCAACUUCUUGCUGAUCCUCACCCUGUUGACAAUUUGGCUUUUUAAACACCGGAGGGUGCGCUUUCUGCAUGAGACUGGCGGGGCUAUGUUUUACGGCCUAAUAAUGGGACUAAUCCUCCGCUAUACCAUUCCGUCCCCCGACCCUGAAAGCAGCAUUGUGCACAGAUGUGAGGAUGUGACCUCUAACCCUGGGAUCUUGCUGCUGAAUGUUACAGACCGCUUGUACGAGUAUGAGUACAAGCGUGAGAUUGCCAAACACAACGUGAAUAAUCGACAGGGGAAUGAAAUACUUCGGAAG